AUGGAUAAAUUAAAGAAGGUGCUGAGCGGGCAGGACGUGGGCGGGGACACGGAGGACCCCGGGGUCCUGGAGAGAGCCAAUCAGGCGACCACGUUGGCCUGGGGCAAGAGGGUGAAGGGCUUCCUGGUCUGCUUCAUACUGGGAUUGUUCAUGUCUUUACUGUCCACCUUCAUGGUUUGGAUCCCGGGCUUCGGUCUCGCUGUCUUCGUUGUCUUCUACACGGUGGGAAACAUCUGCGUUCUGGCCAGCAUCAUGUUCUUGGUGGGGCCGUGGCGGCAGCUGAGGACCAUGUGCGCCAGAGAGCGAGCGCUGGCCACCGUCCUGGUUCUGGUUUGUCUGGUGUUGACGCUCUGCUCGGCCUAUUUGUGGACGAAUUACACCCUCGCUCUGAUUUUCUGUCUCCUCCAAGUUUUGGCUUUCACCUGGUACGGCCUCUCAUACCUCCCCUUUGCCAGAGAAGGCAUCUUGAAACUCUGUUCAAGCUUCUGCUGCUGA